CGAUUCGUCGCAUCAAGAGAAACUUGUGCGUAAAUAUCUCGUGUGUGAGAUGAAUGUGCUCGGCGUCUUUUCUUCCUCGGACGCAUGCAGAAGAUUCUCCCAGAACCGCAACUUCUGAAUUCUCUCAUCUGGAGAACAGCCUUCACCUGUUGUCCAUACACUGUGAUCACUGAUAGCCUCGUGGGUCUUUUUCUAUAAAAAGAAAGAAAAGCGCACAGUCUAACCCUACCCACGUUGAUGACUGAACAUUUCACUGGCGCACAUGGAGAAGAGCCAGCUAUGGACCGAACCCGGUCUGAUUUUUCUCACUGAGGAGAAGGAUACCGUCCGAAAGGAUUGCGUUCCAUACACGCUCUGCUGAUCUGAACAGCUGAAAAUCUUUUUGAUUUGCACUAUCAUGGAAGUGCCAUCGUGCUCUAAGAAGAGCCUGUCCCUCUCGCUGCCGGUGCCUCGGGAAGGACAGGCGACCCUGAAACCUCCUCAGCACCUCUGGAGACAACCGCGGACUCCGAUCCGGAUCAAACACCGCGGCUACUCCGACACUGACCGCCAUCAUCACCCGCACAUAGAGCGCGCCGACGCCAUGGACACGAGCGACCGGCCCGGUCUGAAGAAGUCCCGCAUGUCUUGGCCAUCCUCCUUCCAGGGUACCACAAGCACAUCCUCCGGGAACUGUGCCGCAAACAAACGCUUUGAUGGUGAAAAUGGACCAUCUCCUGGACGCAGCCCAAUGGAUUUGCAGGCGAGUCCGGGGCUUGUGCUCCAUCCCUCCUUCCCCCAAAGUGGCAGGAGGGAGUCUUUCCUCUACCGCUCCGACUCCGACUAUGAUAUGUCACCUAAGACCAUGUCCCGCAACUCCUCCAUCAACAGUGAGGGCCAUGCUGAGGACCUCAUUGUCACCCCUUUUGCUCAGGUGUUGGCCAGUCUCCGAACUGUCAGAAGCAACUUCACCAUUCUUGCCAAUGUCACAUCGCCUACUGACAAGAGGUCACCAGUUACAAGCCAAUCUACAGUUCCACCAGCAACGCUGUCUGAAGAGACAUACCAACAGCUGGCUCGGGAGACCCUGGAGGAGCUGGACUGGUGUUUGGACCAGCUGGAGACCAUCCAGACACAUCGCUCCGUCAGUGACAUGGCCUCCAACAAGUUUAAGAGGAUGUUAAACAGGGAGCUGUCUCAUCUGUCUGAGAUGAGCCGUUCAGGGAACCAGGUGUCUGAGUAUAUCUCUACUACCUUCCUAGACAAGCAAAACGAAGUGGAGAUCCCAUCCCCGACACUGCGGGAGCGUGAGAAGCCCAUGUGCCAUAUCAGUGGUGUGAAAAAACUGACACACAGCUCCAGCUUGACCAGUAAGGCCCUGCCACGAUUUGGGAUCAAGACCGAGCAUGAGGAUGCACUGGCUAGGGAGCUGGACGACUUGAAUAAGUGGGGCCUUAAUAUUUUCCAAGUGGCGGAGUUUUCCAAUAACAGACCUCUCAGUUGCAUCAUGUUUGCCAUCUUCCAGGAGCGUGAUUUGUUGAAGACAUUUCGUAUCCCUGUGGAUACAUUUAUUACCUAUGUGAUGACGCUAGAAGAUCAUUAUCACGCCAAUGUGGCCUACCACAACAGCUUGCAUGCAGCUGACGUCACACAGUCAACACAUGUGCUGUUAUCUACGCCAGCACUGGACGCUGUCUUCACUGAUCUGGAAAUUCUGGCUGCAUUGUUUGCUGCUGCCAUCCAUGAUGUGGACCAUCCUGGAGUUUCCAAUCAAUUUCUCAUUAAUACCAACUCAGAGCUGGCUCUGAUGUAUAACGAUGAGUCAGUUCUAGAAAACCAUCAUCUCGCUGUGGGUUUCAAGCUCCUGCAUGAAGAUAACUGUGACAUCUUCCAGAACCUGAGCAAGCGGCAACGCCAGAGCCUGCGCAAGCUGGUUAUUGACAUGGUACUGGCAACAGACAUGUCCAAGCAUAUGAGUUUGUUGGCGGAUCUAAAGACCAUGGUAGAGACUAAGAAGGUGACCAGCUCAGGAGUGCUGCUGCUUGAUCAUUACACUGACCGCAUACAGGUUCUGAGAAACAUGGUGCACUGUGCUGACCUUAGCAACCCCACUAAGCCUCUGGCAGUGUAUCGGCAGUGGACGGAGCGCAUCAUGGAGGAGUUUUUCCGGCAGGGAGACAAGGAGCGUGAGCGUGGGAUGGAGAUCAGCCCCAUGUGCGAUAAACACACCGCAUCUGUAGAAAAGAGCCAGGUGGGCUUUAUUGAUUACAUUGUGCAUCCUCUGUGGGAGACAUGGGGUGACCUAGUGCACCCUGAUGCUCAGGAAAUCCUUGACACCCUUGAGGACAACCGGGACUGGUACCAGAGCACUAUUCCCCAGAGCCCCUCACCUCCUCCAGUCACCGACAAUGAGCUUGACUCCUGCACAGACAAGUUUCAGUUCCAGCUUACCUUAGAAGGUGAACCAGCUCAGGAGACUGGGCCCAACCAUAAUCAUAUAGGUGGCACUGAGCAAGAUGUGCCAAAGGGUCUGAAUAAGGGGGAGAAUCCUGACGCAGGACAGGAUGACGGUGAUGGAGAAGAGGUAGUGUCAGUAGAGAGGGGGGUGAAGAGGCGACUGCAGGUUCAGUCAGUGGUGGAGGAAGAAGAUGAGGAAAGACAUUCAGAUGGGAGUCCAGUAGAGGAAGCAGAGGAUGAAGAAGAGUUGUCUUUCUCCCCUGCUGAUGAUACGUGAGGCUCAGUACCUGUCAAGAAUAUCGCAGGAGUGCAAGUGGUCCCAUCAGAACUGUCUUUUUCUCUGUACCUUACCCGCUACUUCAUGGCCAUACCAUGGACAAAACAAUAUUACUGCACCAACUCAAUAAAAUGUUUUAAUUUUAUUUUUUUUAAAAAAGGGAAGAAAAUAAUAAUAUCAGAGAAGUAAUUCACACAGCAACUGUAGAUUUGGAAUGGGUGCUGGGUCCCUUUCUAGCAUAAGGUAAGAGUUUGCAUGGAGGAAUACAGGUUUAUUGGUGUUUCAAAUGGGCCAUUUAGACCAUGUAGCACUCUGGAAUUUUGGUAGAUCCCCAUACCUGUGCAUUUAUACCAACAUAUAGACACAAGCAUGCAUCCCCACACAUCCACAAAACAGUUUCAGUUGAACCUAAUCAUAAAAGAUAUGUGCACACACCUGGGGGAACUUUGAAGGGAUUUGGGAUCUCUUUGGAAAAAGCCAUCUUAAAAGGAAUACCAACUAUUUUCCAUCUCAGUAGUUGUCUUAAUGCUCAGAAACAGCUUUUAAUGCAUUCUUAACAGAGACUGAAAUCCUCAGAAAUCACAUCAUUAGUUAAAUCAGAGUGACUUAUUUUCCAUUUCUGUUGGAAAUAAAUGUUUAAGGACACCUGCUGCACACAGGCAGAAGCUUUGUCUGCUGCUGUGGAGGAUCGGGGAGUGGAAGCAUGAGGAUCAAGUUCAAAUGGCACAAGACUGGACCUGUGAUGCAGGUCUGGCCCCUCUUUUCCCUUUACCAGGAGUGCUACCAGUGUGAGACGGCCACGUGCCUUUCUGAACCACCAGCUUCAGCUCUGGAGCUGCAGUGAAGCAAUGCAUCGUGGGAUACUGGUCUACUUUUGUCUUCAUUUCUUGAUUGUUGCUUGAUUCAAGCUCUCUCUCUCUCUCUCUCUCUCUCUCAUGGUUGUGCAUGAUUUGCGUGUAUAUUGGAUGUUGGAAGCCUUUCUGUUAUUGUGUUGAAAGCCUCAUUUUAUUAUGUAAGGUCUUCCUUGGUUGCGUCCGUUCUUGUUGAACAUUUUGGGGACUGAAUUAAGGAACUUGCCAUGGGAGUUGCUCAUGGUCUACUGUCUCCUAUCAUGUUUAAUGCAAACAAGGAUAGUCACUUUUUGAGAAUAAGCCAUGUUAUUCUUCGGAAUUUAUGAUUUUGCCUUCUUUUGAAUUACAUUUCAGGAUGGUCCUGUGACAACAGUGGAAAUCACAGAAUCCUUUCAAUAGCAGCACAGAUUCACUUUCACCUGCUCAUAUAAUGCAGCCAUGCUCCAUCACAGCCAAUAAUAUUUUCCAUUUUGGCUUACCAAAGGAAUGGGUGGUAACUGUUACCUUGGCUGAGGGAUGUGUUUGGUGGAGAGUUGCACCUUGAACCAGUGGAACAGAGCACAGGGAGUCACAUGCAGACAUUAUUAAGUUUGAUGUUUUUAUGCCUUAACACUGCAGGGUUUUUGUAUGUGGCACUAUACUGACUGUCCUGAGGCUCAUGAGAGAUCCCAGAAUAUUUGUGUUUUGUCUGUGUACCUUCACUAAAUGUCAGCUGUUUUGUCUGCACUAAUACUAAUAGCUAUUUUCAUUGAAUAGCGCAUGAAUCUUCUCACAAAUGUCAAAGUGAAAGGAUCAUAUUUGUGUUUACCAGGGUCUUUGAAUCUAGGUUGCAGUUAGCCUACAUCAAAAUAAUGGGUUGUCUGUGACUCUGAAUGUAACAGUUGACUGGGAAAUUGUGGGUGUUGUGUGAGAAAAUGUCUCCUCUAUGGAUGUGGUGACAAGCUAGUUUCUGCUGGUCAGUACCUUAGCUUCAAGUGUGUGCCUGUUUCAACAGAGCGUUGAGGUUACACCAGUACAAGUCUGGUAACAAAAUGCUUGGUUGAGUAAAUAAAAUAAUACAUGUGAUCAGAAGUUAUGGCUUUGGUACCUUGGUGGAUGGUUUGUAAUAAGUUUGCUUGGAUGUUUAACUGGCAUCUAAUCGGUGGAUUAUCGACUUGUAACCCCAAGGGAAGUUGAUCUAUUGUAUGAACUCAUACCAUCCCCACAUUCAUUUGCGUAUGUUACCCAAGACAAUGCUUCUGUUGUGGCUUUUCGUCAACGAGGCAAGCUCUUAAGCAAACAAAUACUUUUUUGCCAUUUUAACACAAUACUGUAGCAAUCGUUUCUUAUAAAUAAAUUAAUUACUUGCUGCCAUUCUUUUUGAAUAUCAAAAGGAAACGUUUUCUUUGGACAGUCUGUGUACAGUUUUUAUUUUUGU